UAGUUUGCAGAGAAGCUGAAACACUGUAGUGUACCCUUGGGCAGGACAAGUAAGGAAUGAGCCAGCCUUGGAAAAGAGGACCUACCAUCCUAGCUGGAGACAUCUGAAGAGAGGACAUUUUAGUCUUGUGGAAUGCUUCAGUAGAAAUUACUCAGAAAAAGAUGGCUGGCUGUGGCGAAAUAGAUCAUUCGAUCAACAUGCUUCCCACAAACAGGAAGACAAAUGAGUCGUGUGCUAAUGCAGCACCUUCCCUGACAGUCCCCGAGUGUGCUAUCUGUCUGCAAACAUGUGUCCAUCCAGUAAGUCUGCCUUGUAAACACAUUUUCUGCUAUCUGUGUGUGAAGGGAGCGUCUUGGCUUGGGAAACGAUGUGCACUGUGCCGGCAGGAGAUUCCAGAGGAUUUUCUUGACAAGCCGACCUUACUGUCACCAGAAGAACUCAAAGCAGCCAGCAGAGGCAAUGGAGAAUAUGCUUGGUACUAUGAAGGUAGAAAUGGUUGGUGGCAGUAUGAUGAACGUACCAGCAGGGAGCUGGAAGAUGCCUUUUCCAAGGGUAAAAAGAGCACUGAAAUGCUAAUCGCUGGGUUUUUAUACAUAGCAGAUCUUGAAAAUAUGGUUCAGUAUAGGAGAAAUGAGCACGGACGCCGCAGAAAAAUAAAACGGGACAUAAUAGAUAUACCAAAGAAGGGAGUGGCUGGGCUGAGGUUGGACUGUGACGCUAACACUGCCAACCUGGCAAGAGAAAGCUCAGCUGAUGGUGCAGACAGCACACCGACUCCAGGGGCUGCAGCCGUGCAGCCUCUAGCAUCCAUUUCUCCUAGGCCCCUGCCGUCACUGGACGGUCAGCUGAUGAGCCCUUCCACGCCAUCACCAGAUGCGAGCAAUUCUCUGGAGAACUCUUUUGCCCACUUACAAAUAAAUGGAGACAGUAUGGCUGAAAGGAGUCAUAGGGGAGAGGGAGAAGAAGACCACGAAUCGUCAUCUUCUGGUAGGGUGCCAGCCCCUGACACCUCCGUUGAGGAGACCGAAUCGGAUGCUAGCAGUGAUAGCGAGGAUGCAUCUGCCCACCUUCAGCAACGCCCGUCCUCUGUCCAGCAGAGACACUCGAAUGCAAGUGCAAGCCAGUCAGGAGCGGAUAGACCAGUGGCAGGGGGCGGGGUGGUAAACACAAGUGUAAGAUCUAGAAGGCCAGAUGGACAGUGCACCGUCACUGAAGUUUAAAUCUAGAGCCAUGCGAUUAAAAAACUCGGUCCUGUAUCUGUAAAUUUUCUGUCCACAUUGGCAUUGCACUCAAACCUAGCCGUGUGUUUGGUGGGAGGGUGGGGUGAAGGGGAGAAGCAGAUUUGGCCUGUUUAACUUAAGUCUCUUAACAUGUCUCAGCUGGAAGACUCUAACUGUAGGAAACUGGGUUGUCCUGUUAAUGGUUUGAAAGCUGCUUAGCAAUACCCAGUUUUCUUGAAACUGUCUUGUGUUUAUUUUGUAGCAUUUUUCCCCUUGGAGAUACUCGAUCCCUUUUUGGCCAAUGUAUAUCUACUGUACAACUUGAAUUGUCUUCAUUAUCUGACUGUUGCAUUAAGUGUCUUACUACUUUCUGCAUGGAUUGAUGUAUGAAAAGAACACUAAAGCAAUGUGGGAGCAGGCAAGAUGUUGGAUGUGAGCAGGAUGCUUAAUUUAAUGUGAGAAAAUAGAUGUGAGUUUGGAGUUAAAAUAUGUUUUUACUAGACAAGAGCAAUCAUUUACCUUCCUUCAAUGGAAAUGUAAAAAUGCUGUUAACUUUGGUUGCAAAUUCUUACCUAUACACUCUUCAUGGCAUUUUCACUGGCUUUGCCAUCUAGUCCUUGUAGUUUUGUUUUUGAGGUCUUUCUUGAUCUGUCUUGUUUUUGUUACGGAAUUUAUAAUUUAAUAAAACUACAUUUUAUCAGUAACAAUCU